CACGUGAAUGUCACUUAAAGCUCACAGAACAACUCAGUUCAUAUUAAGCUAAGAUAGCAGCGUUUAUAAUGUAACCUGGCGUUAUUCACGACAGUUCAUAGCGAAUGAAAUGGGAUCUAACUUGGUGGUACAACCUGUUUCCAGGUGUAUGGAUGCACAUAAGAGCCAAGUUUGAUGAGUGAAUCCGAUAAAGAAUGGAGAAGGAACAGCACAACAACAACAUUGUCGUCUUCAAUUCGUCGAAAAGAGAGCUGUUUACCACGAACAAUGGAUACAAGUCCAUGUACAAAAGACUACGAGCUCAAUGGAAAAUCCAAAGCAUGAAGGAAGAGCUGUCUUUGGAGAAGCUGAAGGGUGUCAAGUUGUGGAUAACUGCAGGCCCAAGGGAGAAGUUCACGGCAUCAGAGGAGGUUUUUACAGGGAGCCAAAUUAUCCACAGACGGCUCCUCCUCUCCAAAACUAACAGAUCAGGUGGAGAUAAAAGCUCUGGAGAGCUCCUUCAGCGAUAGACUGAUUCACCCAAAGUGUGUGAAGGAACGCUAUCGCAGGUCCUUCCUGCCUGCUGCUGUCAGGCUACAUAACCAGCACUGCUCACAGUAGACUGCACCAUGGACACUUUAUUGACACUAUGGACACUUUAUGGACACCACAGCUGUCUGCUGUUUUGCACAUACAAUCACUUGCACUAGAUGUGCUCCCUUUAGCCACUGCUCAUUUUCAUUCACUGCUGCUCAUUAUUAUCCACUUCCUAUUAUUUUCAUUAUUAUUAUUGUUAUUAUUUAUUGCCGUCUCUUGUAUUUUUGUACUUAUUUGCAUGCCUAGUUAUUU